AUGUGUGAUGAUGAUGCAGGAGCAUUAGUUAUUGACAAUGGAUCGGGCAUGUGCAAAGCCGGAUUCGCUGGUGAUGAUGCACCACGUGCCGUAUUUCCAUCAAUUGUUGGACGACCACGUCACCAAGGUGUGAUGGUUGGUAUGGGCCAAAAGGAUUGCUAUGUCGGCGACGAAGCUCAAAGCAAACGUGGUAUUUUAACACUAAAAUACCCAAUCGAACAUGGUAUCAUUACCAAUUGGGAUGAUAUGGAGAAAAUCUGGCAUCAUACAUUCUACAAUGAAUUACGUGUAGCGCCCGAAGAGCAUCCAGUAUUGCUCACUGAAGCUCCAUUGAAUCCAAAGGCCAAUCGUGAAAAGAUGACCCAAAUCAUGUUUGAAACAUUCAAUUCACCGGCCGUUUAUGUUGCCAUCCAAGCUGUGCUGUCAUUGUACGCAUCCGGUCGUACAACUGGUAUUGUUUUGGAUUCGGGUGAUGGUGUCUCACACACCGUCCCAAUCUAUGAAGGUUAUGCAUUGCCACAUGCCAUUCUCCGUUUGGAUUUAGCCGGACGUGAUUUAACGGAAUUCUGCAUGAAAAUUCUCACCGAACGUGGUUAUUCAUUUACCACCACCGCCGAACGAGAAAUUGUUCGCGAUGUGAAGGAGAAAUUGUGCUACGUUGCAUUGGACUUUGAACAAGAAAUGGGAACAGCAGCUGCAUCAUCAUCGCUUGAAAAGUCAUAUGAAUUGCCCGAUGGUCAAGUCAUUACCAUUGGCAAUGAGCGUUUCCGUUGCCCAGAAGCAUUGUUCCAACCAUCAUUCUUGGGCAUGGAAUCGGCCGGUAUCCAUGAGACUGUCUACAAUUCAAUCAUGAAGUGUGACGUUGACAUCCGAAAGGAUUUGUAUGCUAACACUGUUCUCUCAGGUGGUACCACCAUGUAUCCAGGUAUUGCUGAUCGUAUGCAAAAGGAAAUCACCGCAUUGGCACCAUCAACUAUUAAGAUCAAGAUUAUUGCACCACCAGAACGUAAAUACUCCGUAUGGAUUGGUGGUUCAAUUUUGGCAUCAUUGUCCACCUUCCAGGCUAUGUGGAUUUCAAAAGCUGAAUAUGAUGAAAGCGGCCCAUCAAUUGUUCACCGUAAAUGCUUCUAAAUGUGCUAAAACAACACAAAAGAAAAUCAUCGAACGAAACGUAAUAAUUCAGUGUUUUCUCAUUGCGGCUUGUGUCGAGUGAUUUCACACUCAUGUACAGCUAUCAUGCCAAAGAUCACAAAUAAUAAUAAAAAUUUCGUUGUUAAAAAGAAAAAAACAAACAAACAAUUUUUACCAAUUUUAUCUCAAAAAAAGUCGAAGAAUUAAGCAAAACAAUCAAAAAAAUUUAAGAUUUCAGAAAUAAAAAUAAUUUGAAUGAUGUCAUUGUGACGAAUUUUUUGUUCUAUUUCAUUAAUAUUCGUUGAAAUAUCUAGGCUAAAAUUUACUUACUCGUGCAAAAAUCAUGAAAUUCAAUCGCAUGACACAAUUUACAAACGCAAGAUGGGUUGAUAUUAGAAACUAUUCUGUUAAUGUCAUUCAAAUGCAAUUCAUUUAAUGAGACAUCGUAUGUGUCAGUCUUGUCGUCGUUAUUUCAACAGCUUUGCGGUAUGUGCAACAGAAACAUUGUCAACAUUUUUUACUAUACUAAACACAAUAAUAGGGUGAAGGCUUGGUUUCUAUAAACGUUGCAUAUAUUUUAAGCGGCGCUCGAUCCCAUCUUUUGAAUUCGGUUUCGUAUCAAAGUUUAUCUCAUUUGGGUGGUAAAUUAAAGACCAGUGUACUAUUUAACAUCAAUAAACAAAUGACAUUUGAAACAA